GCCGCGAAUAGCAUUUGAACUUGACAACAUUCAACGUUGAAAUUCGCCAACAUCGGCGAACCUAGGCAUUUCAACCUUUUCGUUCUCGAAGCAGCCAAUAUUUACUAGAUUAUCUACCUAUGUACCCAAUGGAUAUAUCACCUAGCAAGCGACGCGCCUUAGGGCCUAUCGAUAGCAAUACCUUAAACACAUCAAAUUCUAGCCAUGAACUAUCGAAGUCGAUUAUAUCGCCGAGUGGUCUGACCCAACUCGACCCAGGUGCUAUGAAGAGGUCUCUCGGAGAUCGAGGUAUCAUCAAUCAACGCCAGGAGUGUGCACCAAACCAACCGGUUAAGAGACAGCGCGUCUCUACUGGAGAAGAUGUUCACCUUAUAAUGACGGGAGAGCAGGACACGACAAUGGACCCGUGCGACGGUGAUUAUAAGAGCGAAAAUGAUAACGAUGAUGACAACUAUAUCAAUGGCCAUGAUUCAUGUGUCGGGCACCAACGGUCAGAGUCGCCUGACGAGGUGUCGUCGAUGUUUGACAACUCGGUUGUCGACACAUCCCAGGCCACGACGAUAACGGAACCAGAUGUCGAAGUGAGUGUGCGUAGUCCGCCGGAAUCGCCCCGCCGGCAGUCUUCGAUGAGCCGUGAGGAAGCUCGGCAGAAGGCAGAAAAACUGCGUCUGAGGCUAGGUCUUGCGAGCUAUAAAGUUCGGACGGGACAAAUGGAUGUGCCUCUAGAUCAACUGAAGGUCAGGCCAUUGAUGGAUACUACCAGACCCAGAAAACUUAAACAACCAUCUUUACCCCCGCUGCCGAGAUGGGAAGAGGUCCCCGCCGAAUGCGAAGACAGUGGUGAAGAGCACCAGUAUAGGCCAACAGCAAAUGAAUUAUCUACGGAACCAUCUUGCUCCCGAGGAGACAACUUGGUUCAGGCCCAUCCGCCAUCUGCGGGGACACUGUUACCGGAAAUACAGCCGACAGAUACGGAUUAAGGGGCAUGAAAAGGAGAGGUAGCGAAUGAUGAGCUCUUAACUAUCAGUUACACCAAUGUUGUGAUGGCUGCGAAGGAGCCAUUGGAGUGUUUUCUCCGCCGCGGUGGAAUAUUGUUGAUAUAGUAUUUGAAACUAUAUGCAAAGCAUCUAACGACGUUGUAUUGAUCAAGUCCGCUUUUAUCGGUUGACUAGAGGGCAGCUUGAGUAAUAAUUUAUCUAUUCUUGAUAUUGUGUAGAACCG